CCUGAUGUAACAUUGAUGUCUUUGCAGUGACCUGAAGUGGCUUGGGCUUGUUUAAGCUGGGAGAUGUGGAGUGGACUAUUGCCUCCAGGAUUGAAUGAAAGCGAUGUUGACUUAAGUUCUGAUGAUGGAGAUGGUUCCUUCUCGAAGGAAGAUGGGAAAGAUGCUGGAGGAGUUCAGGUUCCUGAAUUGCAAGAGAAUGGACCUGAAAGUAAUGCCACCAGGGAGCCCAUUGUGAUAUCUGCAAUACCUGAAGAAAAUGAAUCUCAGCCAUGCCCUUCUGGAAUUUCUUUACAUACAUGGAAUAAAUUUCUGGAGCUCCAGAAGAAAAGCCAUGAAAUGAAAACCCAAUCGAAACAGGAAAGCAAAGGCCGGAAAAGAAAGCGCCGCAGAAAAGGAAAACAGAAACAGAGCGAUGAAGCAACUAAGAGUAGCCAACAGCUGGCAAAUGAAGGGAAAUGGAAAGAACUUACACAAUACUUUGGAAUCAAUGAUAGAUUUGAAUCACCUGUGGAUAGCAGGGCUCCCCAAAAGUCUGGCCUUGAACUUAGCAUAGAGAAGUCUGUGGCUGAAGGUGACAUUGAUAAGGCUGAGGAGCUGAGUGAUAGAUUAGCUGCUCGUGAGCUUGGUGUGAAAAUUGCCAAAGCUGUUGCUUGCCGCAACUUUGUAAAAGCCAAGCAAGAAGCAGAGGCUGCCCAAGAAGCUCAAAAGAAAAAGAAGCUUGCUUGGGGAUUUGAAGCCAAGAAAAGAUGGGAGACAAAGAGCAACAUGGGAUACAUGUAAUCCAUCCUGUUUUCCUCAGGACUUAAAUACCUGUUUUUACUUGAAUCUUUGUGGGCAACUUCUUAAAUCUAAACACAAAAGGAACCCCAAAACGAACCCAAACAUAUCAAAUUCCUUGUGUUUCUCUUAAUACUGUUAGACUGCAGCAUCUUUUUUAUUUUGUCUUAUAAUGCUGUAAAAUAUUGUCUAGACACCAGUGCUAUGUUAAAUAAAGUAUUUUUCUCCAAUAUAUGAAAAUUUAAGAUUAGGCAUUGCAGAAUGCAUUUGGAGUCUCAUAGAGAAUUCUGAAGAUGGAGUAAAAUACUUGGUCCAAGUAUUUUAUGUGGUCUGUGCUGCACUGCAGUUGUAAUGCUUGCGUGUAGGGAGUGGGAUAAGCUUUCCUGCUGAGAUUAUACAAACUUAAUGCAGUAAGUGCUACGUUUCUGAUUGCUUGAAAGUGUGUGUUUGUACCACUAAAUACAGAAUAGCAAAACCA